UGACGCACUUCCUCUACGUGUCGGCUGCGGGGAAAACAACACCAGAAGAACCCCAGCCUGAAGCGAAAAACACCGUGCCACCGCCAACCGUAACCCCCUGCAACGCUUUUAUUGGAACAAGUAACUUCACAGAUACACCAUGCCUCAGAACGAGCACAUCGAGUUGCACCGCAAGCGGCAUGGCUACCGCUUGGACCACCACGAGAGGAAGCGGAAGAAGGAGAGCCGAGAGGCCCACGAGCGCUCCCACAAAGCCAGGAAGAUGAUUGGUUUGAAGGCCAAGCUGUACCACAAACAGAGACAUGCAGAGAAGAUCCAGAUGAAGAAGACAAUCAAAAUGCACGAACAGAGGAAGACCAAGCAGAAGGAUGAUGACAAGACCCCCGAAGGAGCAGUCCCGGCCUACCUGUUGGACAGAGAGGGCCAGUCUCGCGCAAAGGUCCUUUCCAACAUGAUCAAACAGAAGAGGAAAGAAAAGGCUGGCAAAUGGGAGGUGCCCCUGCCAAAGGUUCGCGCUCAAGGAGAGACGGAAGUGCUUAAAGUCAUCCGAACAGGAAAGAGACAAAAGAAAGCCUGGAAGAGGAUGGUGACCAAAGUUUGCUUCGUUGGGGACGGUUUCACAAGAAAACCUCCAAAGUACGAGCGUUUCAUCAGACCCAUGGGUCUGCGCUUUAAGAAGGCUCACGUCACACAUCCAGAACUGAAGGCGACGUUCUGCCUUCCCAUCCUGGGGGUGAAGAAGAACCCUUCGUCACCACUCUACACCUCUCUGGGAGUCAUCACUAAGGGGACAGUGAUAGAGGUCAAUGUCAGCGAGCUGGGCCUGGUCACACAAGGUGGAAAGGUCAUCUGGGGUAAAUACGCUCAGGUGACAAAUAACCCAGAGAACGACGGCUGUAUUAACGCAGUUCUGCUGGUAUAAGACUCUCUACCCACCUGAUAACUCCUAUUUCCACCAAGAGCAUUGAUCAUAUCACAGAGGCAACAAGUUCACCGAGCUGUUGGGAAGAUGGUUGGAGCUGUGAUUGGCUCAAUCUAGUGCAACAACAAAAAUGUUUGAUAUGAAUAAGCAACAACAAAAAUGUUUGAUAUGAAUAAACUUCAAAUGAUGUCUAAUAUUC